GGAGGUGCAGCGGUCCCCGGGCCGAAGCCCCUCGCACCGCAGCGACUGAAACCGAAGGAACCAAUCCCCCCCCCCGCCCCCGACUCCCCGUGCGCGCGGAGGCCGCAUCUCGCGCUCUGAGGGCGCCGUCGACUGUUCUCUCUCUCUCUCUCUCUCUCUCUUUUUUUCCCCCCUCUCCCAAUAUGGCAGCGGCCAGCGCCGGUGAGCCCGGCGGCCCCUCGGCGGCGUCUGGGGACGACGGCAGGAUGGACGGCUGCAGGACCGUGUACUUGUUUGACCGGCGCGGGAAGGAGUCGGAGCUCGGGGACCGGGCGCUUCAGGUCCCGGAGCGUACCGACUUGGCGGCGUUCCGCGCCUCGGUGUGUCAGACAAUUGGCAUUUCAUCUGAAGAAAAAUUUGUUAUUACAACUACAAGCAGGAAAGAAAUUACCUCUGAUAAUUUCGAUGAGACUGUUAAAGAUGGAGUUACAUUGUACCUGCUGAACUCAGUAAAUCAGUUACUACUAACAGCUACAAAAGAACGAAUUGACUUCCUACCUCACUAUGACACACUGGUUAAAAGUGGCAUGUAUGAAUAUUAUGCAAGCGAAGGACAAAAUCCUCUGCCAUUUGCUCUUGCAGAAUUAAUUGACAAUUCUUUGUCAGCUACUUCUCGUAAUGCUGGUAUUAGAAGAAUACAGAUCAAAUUGCUUUUUGAUGAAACACAAGGCAAGCCAGCUGUGGCAGUGAUAGACAAUGGCCGAGGAAUGACCUCUAAGCAGCUUAACAACUGGGCUGUGUAUAGGUUAUCGAAAUUUACACGGCAAGGUGACUUUGAAAGUGAUCAUUCAGGAUACGUUCGGCCAGUUCCAGUGCCACGCAGUUUAAAUAGCGAUAUUUCUUAUUUUGGUGUUGGAGGCAAACAGGCUGUUUUCUUUGUUGGACAGUCAGCCAGAAUGAUAAGCAAACCUGCAGAUUCUCAAGAUGUCCAUGAACUUGUGCUUUCUAAAGAAGAUUUUGAGAAGAAGGAAAAAAAUAAAGAGGCAAUAUAUAGUGGCUAUAUUAGAAACAGAAAGCCUGCUGAUUCCAUUCACAUUACAAAUGAUGAUGAAAGAUUUCUACACAAUCUUAUUAUAGAGGAGAAGGAGAAAGAUAGCUUUACUGCGGUGGUUAUUACAGGGGUACAACCAGAACACAUACAGUAUUUGAAAAAUUAUUUCCAUCUUUGGACACGACAGUUAACGCAUAUUUAUCAUUACUAUAUUCAUGGCCCAAAAGGAAAUGAAAUAUGUGCAUCAAAAGAAGUUGGACCUUUCAACAAUAUUGAUAUUGAAAUUUCUAUGUUUGAAAAAGGGAAGGCACCUAAGAUUGUCAACCUAAGGGAAAUACAAGAUGACAUGCAGACACUUUAUAUAAACACAGCAUCUGAUAGUUUUGAGUUCAAGGCUCAUGUUGAAGGAGACGGUGUAGUAGAAGGGAUUAUCCGGUACCAUCCUUUCUUAUAUGAUAGAGAAACUUACCCUGACGAUCCAUGCUUUCCAUCAAAAUUAAAAGAUGAAGAAGAUGAUGAUGAUUGUUUGAUACCUGAGAAAGCUGCAAGAGGGAAAAGACCUAUAUUUGAAUGUUUUUGGAAUGGACGAUUAAUACCAUAUACUUCAGUGGAAGACUUUGACUGGUGUGCUCCUCCCAAGAAGAGAGGGCUUGCACCUAUUGAAUGCUACAAUAGGAUAUCUGGUGCAUUGUUCACAAAUGACAAAUUUCAAGUCAGCACAAAUAAACUGACCUUUAUGGAUCUGGAACUGAAGUUGAAAGAUAAGAACACUCUUUUUACAAGGAUUUUAAAUGGACAGGAGCAGCGAAUGAAAAUUGAUAGAGAAUUUGCUUUAUGGCUGAAGGACUGUCAUGAAAAGUGUGACAAACAAAUAAAAUUUACACUUUUUAAAGGAACUAUUACCCGUCCUGAUCUCCCCUCUAAAAAGCAAGGUCCCUGGGCAACAUACUCUGCAAUUGAAUGGGAUGGCAAAAUAUACAAAGCAGGACAACUGGUCAAGACAAUCAAGACCCUUCCCCUUUUUUAUGGAAGCAUAGUAAGAUUUUUUCUGUAUGGUGAUCACGAUGGAGAAGUAUAUGCUACAGGAGGAGAAGUUCAGAUUGCAAUGGAACCACAGGCACUGUAUGAUGAAGUGAAAACUGUGCCAAUUGCCAAGCUGGAUAGGACAGUUACUGAGAAAGCUGUUAGAAAAUAUGUAGAGGAUGAAAUGGCGAGGCUUCCUGAUAGAUUGUCAGUAACUUGGCCUGAAGGAGAUGAGUUAUUGCCUAAUGAGAUCCGGCCUGCUGGGACCCCAAUUGGUGCAUUAAGAAUUGAGAUACUAAAUAAAAAAGGGGAAGCCAUGCAAAAGCUUCCAGGAACAAGUCAUGGAGGGUCAAAGAAACUCUUAGUGGAGCUUAAAGUUAUAUUACAUACUUCAAGUGGAAAUAAAGAAAUAAUUUCACAUAUCAGUCAGCAUGGAGGAAAAUGGCCUUACUGGUUUAAAAAAAUGGAAAAUAUCCAGAAGUUGGGGAAUUAUACAUUGAAAUUACAAGUGGUAUUGAAUGAAAGUAAUGCAGACACUUACGCAGGAAGACCACUGCCAUCUAAAGCAAUUAAAUUUUCUGUUAAAGAGGGCAAGCCAGAGAAAUUUUCCUUUGGUCUUCUGGAUCUUCCUUUUCGUGUUGGAGUUCCAUUCUCUAUCCCGUUGGAGCUUCAGGAUGAAUUUGGGCAUGCUACCCAGCUAGCCACUGAUAUUCAUCCAGUUCUUGAAGCCAGUGGUUUGUCUUUACAUUAUGAAGAAAUAACCAAAGGAUCAAAUUGCAUUAUUCGAGGAGUUACGGCUAAAGGCUCUGUGAAUUCCUGUCAGGGCAAGAAUUUUAAUCUGAACGUUAUUCUGCCGGGUUUAAAAGAAGACUCACAGAUUUUGAAAAUUAAAUUACUACCUGGUCCCCCUCAUCGAUUGAAAGUGAAACCUGAUUCAGAAAUUUUAGUUAUAGAAAAUGGAACAGCUUUCCCAUUUCAAGUGGAAGUACUGGAUGAAUCAGACAACAUAACAGCACAGCCAAAGCUGGUAGUUCAUUGUAAGUUUUUAGGUGUCCCAAAUCUUCCAGUCUACACUGUUGAUUGCAGUCAUUCUGGAACCAGUAUUUUAACAGGAUCAGCAAUUCAUGUUCAGAACAUUAAAAAAGAUCAGAUACUUAAGGCACGCAUCGAAAUACCUAGUUGUAAAGAUGUGUUGCCUGUAGAGAAGACUAUCAAAUUGCUUCCCAGUAGCCAUGUUGCUCGACUUCAGAUCUUUAGUGUUGAGGGACAAAAGGCAAUCCAGAUUAAACAUCAGGAUGAGGUUAACUGGAUAGCAGGUGAUAUCAUGCGGAAUCUUAUUUUUCAAAUGUAUGAUGAAGGAGAAAGAGAAAUUAAUAUAACACCAUCUUUAGCAGAAAAAAUUAAAGUGAAUUGGACUCCUGAAGUUAGCAAAGAACACUUGUUACAAGGUUUGCUUCCUGAUGUACAAGUCCCUACGUCUGUGAAAGACAUGCGCUACUGCCAGGUUUCCUUUCAGGAUGAUCACGUGUCUUUAGAAAGUGCAUUUACAGUAAGACCACUUCCUGAUGACCCCAAACAUUUAAAAUGCGAGUUAAAAGGAGGAAAAACAUUGCAGAUGGGUCAAGAGCUUCAAGGAGAAAUAGUUGUAAUAGUUACUGAUCAGUAUGGAAAUCAGAUUUCUGCAUUUUCACCCGAUUCUUUAUCUGCUUUGGCAAUUGCUGGAGUUGGACUUGAUAGCUCAAAUUUGAAAACUGUUUUCCAGGAAACCACACAAAGUAUAAGUGUAAGAGGCAUCAAAUUUACUCCAGGCCCUCCUGGAAAUAAGGAUCUUUGCUUUACAUGGCGUGAGUUUUCAGACUUUAUUCGAGUGCAGCUAAUUUCUGGACCUCCAGCGAAACUUCUCCUUAUUGACUGGCCAGAAGUAAAGGAGCCUAUCACAGUGAUUAAUGGAAGACAGUUGCAGAACCCUCUCAUUGUUCAGCUCUGUGAUCAGUGGGAUAAUCCAGCACCAAUCCCACAUGUUAAAAUAAGUCUCCUAAAAGCCAGCCAUUUAAAGCUUGCACCUUCAAACCAGCAGCACAAAACAGAUGAGAAGGGCAGGGCUAAUUUGGGAGUGUUCGCUGUUUUUGCUCCUAGGGGAGAACAUACUAUGCAGGUUAAAGCCACCUAUAACAAGAGUACCAUAGAAGGACCUACAAUUAAGUUAAUGAUUCUUCCAGACCCUGAAAAACCUAUUCGUCUCAAUGUUAAAUAUGACAAAGAUGCUUCUUUUGUAGCUGGGGGUGUCUUAACUGAUUUUAUGAUUAGUGUUAUCUCUGAAGAUGAAAGUAUUAUUAAAAAUAUCAACCCAUCACGAAUUUCCAUGAAAAUGUGGAAAUUGACCAGCAGUGUGAACCGACCACCAGCAAAUGCAGAAACAUUCAGUUGUAAUAAAAUAAAAGAUAAUGACAAGGAAGAUGGCUGCUUCUAUUUCAGGGAAAAAAUAAUUCCUAACAAAGUGGGGACAUAUUGUAUCCAGUUUGAUUUCAUGAUGGAUAAAACAAACAUGCUCAACAGUGAACAGGUUAUAAUUGAUGUUCUUCCUAAUCAACCUAUGAAGUUGGUUCCUGAAGUUCAGCCAGCCACACCAGCUGUUUCCAAUGUUCGUUCCGUUGCCAGUAGGACAUUGGUUAGAGACUUACGCCUCAGUGUUACGGAUAAUUAUGGUAAUCAUACUGGAAGAAAUUUGGUUGGCACCGUAGUUGCUAUCAUUAAAGGUUUUAAUGAAGAGGAUUCUGAUACCCCACUCUUUAUUGGGAAAAUUAGAACGCUUGAAUUUCCCUUUGUGAAUGGUUCAGCUGAAAUCACGAGUCUAGUGCUGGCAGAAAACAGUCCUGGAAGGGAUAGCACGGAAUACAUUAUCGUUUUUGAGCCUCGACUGUCACCUUUGUCAAACGCAUUGGAAUCAUAUAGUCUGCCAUUUAUGUUUUAUAAUGAUGUUAAAAAGCAGCAACAAAUGGCAGCACUCACAAAGGAAAAGGACGAGUUGGCUAAGUCUAUUGUUAUAUAUCGAAGUUUGUUCGAAACCAACAAGCAGCUUCUUGAUGAAAUGAAAUGCCAAGUUGAAGAAGCAAAAUUAAAAGAGGCCCAGCUGCGAAAUGAGCUAAAAACACAUAAUAUUGAUAUUCCUACAACACAACAGGUGCCACAUAUUGAAGCACUUUUGAAGAAAAAGAUAGCAGAACAGGAAGAGCUGAAGCAAAAACCCAGAAGAGCAUGUACUCUUCCAAAUUAUAGUAAAGGCAGUGGAGAUGUUUUGGGAAAGAUUGCACAUUUAGCACAAAUUGAAGAUGAUCGAGCGGCAAUGGUUAUUUCUUGGCAUCUGGCAAGUGACAUGGACUGUGUAGUCACCCUAACCACUGAUGUUGCACGUCGUAUCUAUGAUGAAACCCAAGGCCGUCAGCAGGUGUUGCCCCUUGACUCUAUUUAUAAGAAGACUCUUCCAGAUUGGAAAAGGCCUCUACCUCAUUUUCGAAAUGGGAAAUUACAUUUUAAACCCUUUGGAGAUCCAGUCUUCGCCCGAGACUUGUUAACGUUUCCAGAUAAUAUUGAACAUUGUGAAACAGUAUUUGGUAUGCUGUUAGGAGACACCAUUAUUUUGGAUAAUCUGGAUGCAGCCAAUCAUUAUAGGAAAGAGGUUGUUAAAAUUACACACUGCCCUACACUGCUGACUAGAGAUGGUGAUCGAAUUCGAAGUAAUGGAAAGUUUGGGGGCCUUCAAAACAAAGCUCCUCCGAUGGAUAAACUGAGGGGGAUGGUCUUUGGAGCACCAGUACCAAAGCAAUGCCUGAUCUUAGGAGAACAAAUAGACCUCCUUCAGCAGUACCGCACUGCUCUGCAUAAGCUGGACACUGUGAAUGAGGACUUCAACGUUCAGUUACAGUACCUUCGCACUCCUGAUAUGAAGAAAAAAAAGCAAGAACUGGAUGAACAGGAAAAAAGUCUAAAACUAAUAGAGCAAAAACUUGGUAUGACUCCUACACGCAAGUGUAGUGACUCAUUGCGUCAUUCAGUAAAGGUUGAGUUGACAGGCUCUCCAAUUCCUGCUAAAAGAAUGAGAAGAGAAUCUACAAGACAAAAUAGGUUUAUAACUAAAACUGAUCUGUGAAAGGAAGUGAAGAAUGAAGGCCAGUGAUCUUACUAAGAAUGCCUUGCCUCUGCAUCUUUUUUUCAGAAGACCGAAAGGUGACUUACCGAACUGAGUAUUUCUGAGGACAUCACAAGAGUGUUGGCAAGAAUUUCCAUGUCUGUCCAUGGAAUGGAACUGGACAGAACUGUUCCGUUUUAAGAAUCUCACUGGGCAGUACAGAUGUAUUGGAAUCAUUCCAGUCACCAUGUCCUUUCGUUGUUACCUUGCAAAUGUGUCAGAAGAAUAACUCUUUGGACAGUGAUGGUGAACCUGGCACGUGGCAUUUAUUGAUCCUGGGGAAAAGUAUGCGCACUGUUCUUCAUCAUAAUCAUGAAUCUGCUCAAACUUUCUCACAAACAACCUCCUUGUUACUUUUAUGUGAAUUUAUUUAACAAAUAUGUUUUUUUUGUGUGUAAGGAAGGUUCUAGAGACUAGAUAUUUAAUUGUAAAUAUGUGAAGAAAGUUAAUGAAGAAUUGUGGAUAAAAAUGCAAAGGCAAAGGUAUCUGGGAAUUUAAAUACCAGAUACAUGGGAAAAGAAGUUGAGUGACAGGUAGCAUAAAGAUUGUAUCCUGAGCCAGGCGUGGAGGCUCACGCCUUUAAUCCUAGCACUCCAGAGGUUGAGGUAGGAGAAUUGCCAUGAGUUCAAGGGUAGCCUGAGCAACAUAAUUCCAGGUCAGCCUGAAUUAGAGUAAGACCUUGCCUCAAAAAAAUAAAAACAUAUUGUACCUUGUAUAUAAAUAAGAUGUAGCAGCGUCAAUUUUUAUAAGUAUUGUCUGACUUUAUUAAUGCUAGAAAUACAGUCUCAGCCUUAUUUCUACAUUUACAGUUUUUCUAAUUUUAUACUACUAUUUUUAAGAAGUUAAAGAAAACAUACACUUACAUGAAUACAGGAAGAGUUUGUUAGGAAAUUGUUGCAAAAAAAUUUUUUUAAUUGUGUAUUGGUUCAACCUAUUGGUCAGUAUGUAUGUCUUUGUGUAAGUGUAAGACUGUUGGUUUGUGAAGUUAUUUUGUAAGGAAUACUUUGGUACAGUUUUCUGUCCCAGAAAAUACGUGUUUUUUAAUUCUUUCUGAAUAUUCAGCAAGGACAAUAAACAGGAUCAUUUUCCCCCUUCCAAA